AUGGACUUCCUGAUUCUGAUGCUGAUGAUGUUGGUGUCCCAGCCAGUCUCUGGGAAGUUUAGGAUGAACUGCCUGGUGAAUGUCAAGCGCCAGAGUGGGAAAAAACCAUGGAGCUAUUACAGGCCAGGAGACCAUCACAUUAGUAUAGUCAAUAGCGCAUCAACAAGAGUACACGAAAUCUUGAGCUUCAACAUGGUUCCUUAUAGUCAUGCUCGCUUCUCACUUUCACAUAAGCUAGGAAUACUGCACUUUAUUUUCAAUAUUCAAGUGGUCAACAAUAAUCGCCAGCUCCUGCAGAAUCUCACAAUUGGCUACAAUAUCCAUGACAACUACUUGGACACACUUGGAACUUCAGAUGCCUUGCUGGACGUGCUCUCUACUGGAGAAGCCAACCUUCCCAACUACAGCUGUGGAAGGAAGGAAAACCUUUUGGCCCUUGUUGAUGCAGCUGCAAGGGACAUCUCCAUCCAGAUGUCAACAUUAGUAGCCCCCUACAAAGUCCCACAGAUCCAGGAGGAGAAGGAAGGAGACCCAAAAGACUCUGGGGACUCCAAGGCUCCAACCAUGGCAGAUACUGAAAAAUGCACCAAGUGCUCAGAGGAUCAAUAUCCAAAUGAGGACCGAAUCCAAUGUAUCCCCAAAAGAAUAACCUUCCUGUCCCAUGAAGAGCAUCUGGGAAUUAUUCUGGUCUCUUUUGCCCUACUCCUAUUCUUAACCACAGGCUUCAUGUUAAUCAUAUUUGUUAAAUACUUAGAAACUCCCAUUGUGAAAGCCAAUAACCGGGACCUCUCCUUUAUCCUCCUGAUUUCCCUUCUGUUUUGCUUCUUGUCCUCCUUUCUCUUCAUUGGACGACCAAGGAGAGUCACCUGUCUUCUCCGACAAACCAUGUUCAGCAUUGUCUUCUCAGUAGCCGUGUCUUCCGUGUUGGCCAAAACGAUCACAGUAGUGCUGGCCUUCCUGGCCUCAAAACCAGGAAACAGGAUGAGAAGAUGGUUGGGGAAGAGCUUGGCCAACUCCAUCAUCCUUUCUUGUUCUGGUGUCCAAAUUGUCAUCUGCUCCAUAUGGAUGGGAGUUUCUCCCCCAUUUCCUGAAUCUGACCUGCACUCCCAGCUUGGAGAGAUCAUCCUACAAUGUAAUGAAGGCUCUGUUACCAUGUUUUAUGUUGUUCUCAGCUACAUGGGUUUCCUAGCUGCCAUUUGUUUCACAGUAGCUUUUCUGGCCAGGAACUUGCCUGGGGCCUUUAAUGAAGCCAAGCUAAUCACCUUCAGCAUGUUGGUCUUCUGCAGCGUCUGGGUCUCCUUCCUGCCUACGUACCUGAGCACCAAAGGGAAAUACAUGGUUGCUGUGCAGGUCUUCUCCAUCUUGGCCUCCAGUGCUGGACUUCUGUGCUGCAUCUUCUUCCCCAAGUGCUACAUUAUCAUCCUGAGACCAGAUCUCAACACAAAGGAACAUCUAAUGAUAAAAGUAGGGAACUGA